AGACCAUGGCAGCAGCACCCGCAGGCCGCAGCCGUUCUGGCCCAGGAGCUGGGCCGAAGGCAUGGCCGCGGCUCCGACGGCGGCCCCCCGCCUCGCCGCGGGCGAGGAUGGCCGCCGCAGCCCGCGCGAGGGCGCUGGACGAGCUGGCCACCCCGAUACGGCUCCGCCUCCUCGCGGGCCGCAGCGCGGUGCCCUCCGGUGCGGGCCUCGCCGCCGCGCCGCUGCCGCGCGUGGUGCCGGCGCUGCCGGAGCCAGGGCCGGGGCCGGAGGCCGGCAGCCUCCUGUCGCUGGGCUUCGAGGAGGCCGUGCGGCUGAUCGAGGUGGAGCUCCUGGCGGCGGUGCAGGCCGUCGAGGGCUACGCGCUCGCCGCGGAGUGCGAGCUCAGCGAGGCGGUCCUCGGCCAGUGCCUCACGGUGGUGUCGAACGUGGUUGCCGCUCCAAGGGUUCGGCGGAACCCUGGGCGGCCCGAUCGCAACGGGGACACCUGGGAGGAGCUCAUGCACUGCCGCAUUGGUGACACCUGGUGUUCAAGGGAGGGAAAACUACCCAGACCCGACAAUUGGAGUUUACUGAAAGGCCCUGGGCGUUGACUAAACAGCCCUGCCUGUUCGAUUUUUCCUCUGGGCGCGUUUACUGAACGACUUCGCGUGUCGGGGUGGUUAUUGUGGGGGUGGAUUUUUUGACCUCUAGGUGUACCCGACAGGUGGGGACGGUCUGGCUGGACGACAAGCUCCGCCAGGUGGACCUGGUCGCCGCGAUGUGCGACGGCAGGCAGAUGCACCUCCCCCUCUUCGCGCACGCCCCAGUUGAGGACGCCGGCGCGGAGACCGCCCUGGUUGAUGCCACGCACGAGCGCCUCUUGCGCGGAGAAGCUCUGGUCGUGAAGCCCCGGCACGGCGCCAAUUCGCGGCAUGUCUUCAUGUGGACCGAGCCCAUGGCCGACAGGUCCGUCAUCGCCGAGGGGGUCCGAGCGGCCCUGACCGGACAUGACGAGUCGUGGGCCCGAGAGUGCUGGCAGCUCUCUCAGGUUCCGAAGGGCGCUCUGCUGCAGCCGCUGUACGCCAUCACGGUGCCCCUGCGGCCGGACGCUGGCCCCAAGGCUCGAGCCGCCCCAUUUCGAACUGAAGCUGCAGGUGCUCUUCGGCGAGGUCGUCGGCGGCACGCUCAACACUCACCCGCAGCUCCUGUGGGUGACCCGCGCGGGCUGUGUGCAGCUGUGGGACUUGCCGGACCUGCAGGAGCGCGGCCACAACCGCUGCCGGCAGCUGGAGCGCCUCUACGGCCGGGCCCUGCCGCAGGAGGUGCUGUGCUUGCUGCGUCAGGUCCUGAGGCGCGACUGGCAGAUGAUCCGCGGCACCUCGGAGAAGGUGACGCGCUCAGCGGGCCUCGACGAGCUGCGAGUGGACUGGCUGUUGGGGGACGAGUUCUGGGGCUCACGCAUAGGUGAGCUGACGUACAUGGGAGCGGGGUCGCGGGUGACACCUCCUCUGUCGAGGCGGUUGGCGCGUGCAUACGCAGCUGGUCAUUUGGUCCGCCUGGGCCGCGUCAGCAUCGAGCUGGACGCCGAGGGGCACAACAAUAGCGAUGCUCUCUGGCCGACGGAUGAGCUGCGGCCAGACAGGACGCGAAGAUAUCAAACAUUGUAUUGUAUCCACAUCACAGUCGUCGUUAUCGAGUAUUCGCACACACUGACAAUAGUGUAA